AUGUCAACAUUAAACUCGUUGGAGCCUUUUGACUGCGAUGGACAAGUUUGCUCGGUAGCUGUCAGAUGGCAAAAGUGGAAAAGAGCACUAGAAGUGUAUCUAGAAGCAGCUAACAUCGACAGCCCCGCUAAGAAGAGAGCAAAUUUGCUACACAUCGGUGGGCUAGGGUUACAAGAAAUAUAUUACAACCUACCUGGAGCUCAUAUUUCUGAACAAACCGAAGACGUUGAAAAUCCAGUGAAUGUCUACGAGAUAGCUAUAAGAAAGCUAGAUGAAUAUUUCGCACCAAAACAAAGCAAGGUGUACGAAAGACAUGUUUUUCGGCUAAUAAAACAGGAGAUGGAUGAAAAGUUCGAAAAAUUCCUUGUGCGGCUGAGAAAUCAGGCAGAGAAAUGCGUAUUUAGCAACACCGAAGAAAACAUUAUAGACCAAAUCGUUGAAAAAUGCAGCUCAUCUGACCUUCGGAAGAAAAUAUUAACAAUUGGAGACUCCAUCUCAUUAGAAAACAUUCUUGCUGAAGCAAAUGCAUUGGAAGCAGUAUCAAGACAAAUGGAAGAAUUUGCUGAAAAGAAAACAGGCAUUGAAGUGAACCAAAUAAACAAUAAUACUAAACAAAAAUUUAGAGCCUCAGAGAUAAAAUCAUGUUUUCGUUGUGGCUCAAAAGGCCACAUAUCUUUUAACUGUCCAGCAAGAGAGAAAAUUUGCAAGAAAUGCGGCUACAAAGGACACGUCAGCAAGCAGUGCAGAACUAAGCCGGGGAAAAGAAGAACACACUAUGAGAGCACAACGGUCAAGAAAUCAAGAUACAGAGAGCCAGACAAGGACGACGACGAUCACAACACAAACUAUGUGUUCCACAUUGACAAUGAUUGUGACAUAUUAUGUAUGAUUGGAGGUAUACCAGUUCAGAUGGUAAUCGAUUCUGGUAGCAAGUGUAACAUAUUAAAUGACGAAACAUGGACGUACCUAAAGAAUUCGCAGGUAUCGGUGUCAAAUCAAAUAAAAUGA